GCGCUUGGGAACAUGGCGUCGGACGGAAUGAUUUUAACAAACCACGACCACCAAAUUCGAGUCGGAAUAUUAACAGUAAGUGACAGCUGUUUCAGGAACCUCGCCGAGGACCGCAGCGGCGUCAACCUGAAAGAUCUCGUCCAUGACCCGUCCUUGCUUGGAGGCAUAAUAUCUGCGUACAAAAUAGUCCCCGAUGAGAUAGAUGAGAUCAAGGAGACACUGGUGGACUGGUGUGAUGAAAAAGAGCUCAACCUCAUCUUGACCACCGGUGGUACUGGCUUCGCUCCACGUGACGUUACACCCGAGGCCACCAGAGAGGUGAUUGAGCGUGAAGCUCCAGGGAUGGCCUUGGCAAUGCUUAUGGGCUCCCUAAACGUCACACCACUUGGCAUGCUGUCCAGACCUGUGUGUGGCAUUAGAGGAAAAACUCUCAUCAUUAAUCUGCCUGGCAGCAAGAAAGGCUCACAGGAGUGCUUUCAGUUCAUCCUGCCUGCUCUGCCGCACGCCAUCGACCUGCUGCGCGACGCUAUAGUGAAGGUGAAGGACGUCCACGAUGCGCUGGAGGACCUGCCCUCACCCCCACCGCCGCUCUCGCCUCCUCAUGUCACCAGCCCGCACAAGCAGACCGAGGACAAAGGCAUCCAGUGCGAGGAGGAAGAGGAGGAGAAGAAAGACAGCGGCAUCGCUUCGACUGAGGACAGCGGCUCCUCGCACAUCACGGCGGCAGCCAUCGCUGCCAAGAGUACGAAGUUCCAUCCCAACCAUGCCGUUGUCAUGGCCAAAGGGGGGCAGCCCUUGACUGGCUUCAUCCCUUCCACCACCCUUCCCUCUCAUUUCACCUGCUCCUGCGGAGACAAGAUCCCAGACUCCAUCAUUUCGCGGGGCGUCCAGGUGCUGCCAAGGGACACGGCCUCUCUCAGCACCACCCCCUCGGAGUCUCCUCGCGCUCAGCAGUCCCGUCUCUCCACUGCCUCCUGCCCCACCCCUAAAGCGCGGCUCACUUCCUGUUCAUCCACCUAUAGUGUCACCGAGGCGUCACGGAGAGAGUUCAGGGCGCACCUGGAUGAAGUCAUCACGCUCAAGUCAAGGUACUCUACCUUGGACCAGGUGCAGUCGCGGUGCGGCAGUAAAGAGAACAUCCUAAGAGCAAGUCACAGCGCAGUGGACAUCACUAAGGUGGCUCGGAGGCACCGCAUGUCCCCGUUCCCCCUCACCUCUAUGGACAAGGCCUUCAUCACUGUGCUGGAGAUGACUUCGGUCCUGGGCACUGAGAUAAUCAACUAUAGAGAUGGAAUGGGCCGAGUCUUAGCUCAGGACGUCUAUGCCAAAGACAACCUUCCUCCUUUUCCCGCCUCUGUAAAAGAUGGCUACGCUGUUCGAGCUGCUGAUGGGCCAGGGGAUCGAUUUAUCAUCGGAGAGUCCCAGGCUGGGGAGCAACCCACUCACACAGUGAUGCCAGGCCAGGUGAUGAGAGUGACCACGGGAGCGCCGAUUCCCUGCGGAGCGGACGCCGUAGUACAAGUAGAGGAUACGGAACUUCUGCGAGAGUCUGAAGAUGGCACAGAAGAACUAGAGGUGAGGAUCUUGGUGCAGGCGCGUCCAGGCCAGGACAUCAGGCCUAUAGGUCACGACAUAAAGCGCGGAGAGUGUGUGCUGGCCAAAGGGACGCACAUGGGCCCGUCCGAAAUCGGCCUUUUGGCCACGGUGGGGGUCACAGAAGUGGAGGUGCACAAGUUCCCCGUCGUAGCGGUCAUGUCCACUGGUAAUGAAUUAUUGAACCCGGAAGACGACCUCCAUCCAGGAAAGAUCAGGGACAGUAACCGUUCUACGUUGCUGGCCACCAUCCAGGAGCACGGCUACCCCACCAUUAACCUCGGCAUCGUCGGAGACAAUCCGGACGACCUGCUGAACGCGCUGAACGAGGGAAUCAGUCGUGCUGAUGUCAUCAUCACAUCUGGAGGAGUGUCCAUGGGAGAGAAGGACUACUUGAAGCAGGUCCUAGAUAUUGACCUCCAUGCCCAAAUCCACUUUGGUCGGGUGUUCAUGAAGCCAGGUCUUCCUACCACAUUUGCCACCUUGGAUAUCGACGGCACACGGAAGCUGAUCUUCGCUCUGCCAGGUAAUUUCACCUUCAGAGACAAGGGGGCGACUCUCCUCGAGGCCGUGCCCACGAGCGACGGCGAGGUCGGCAGGCCGCCCGCGCCCGCUGCUCCACGCGGAAGAAACCCUGUGUCGGCUGUUGUUACCUGUAACCUCUUUGUAAUCCCUGCUUUAAGAAAAAUGCAGGGCAUCCUGGACCCAAGACCCACAAUUAUCAAAGCCAGGCUCUCCUGUGACGUAAAGUUGGACCCACGUCCAGAAUACCACCGCUGUAUAUUGACGUGGCAUCACCAAGAACCACUGCCUUGGGCACAGAGCACAGGAAAUCAAAUGAGCAGUCGGCUGAUGAGCAUGCGCAGUGCCAACGGCCUUCUGAUGCUGCCUCCUAAAACAGAGCAAUACGUGGAGCUGCACAAAGGCGAGGUGGUGGACGUCAUGGUCAUCGGGCGGCUAUGAUGUCGCCCGAAGCGGACGUGAGAAGAAACGAAAGAAAAGCGGUGCAUGUCCACAUAUCAUUUAUUAUAACGUUAUAUGCAACGGCACAGCUAGUUUGUUUUGGGGUUCGUUUGGGGUUUGAUUUGUUUCGUUUGGUUUUUCAUUUUACGUUUUGUUGAUUUGGAUAAAAGUCGAUCGAGUAUAAUCAACAUUUCAAAGAAAUUUAUGAAUAUAUGAAUUUAAAGACGUGACAGUAUUUCAAAGAAAGAAAAACAUUUUAAAUGAAUAUAAAUAUAUAUAUAUGAAACAUAAGAGAUUUAUUCUGUAAUAUAAUUAAUAUAAUUAUUAAUGUAAUUAUAUAUAAAUGUCAUCAUAUUAAGCAACUCUAUUCUCUUUCAUUGCGAUUGCUUUUGUGUGUUCAGUGCGACCUAUAGACCUUAUAGAUAGCGGUAGCAUUUUAAUAAAAAGCUGCAGGCACCUGUCCAAAAACACAUCUGCGGACUUAUUUUCAGCAGAAACCCCGUUUUCGAGGAACCAAAGCGCUCGUCAUGCUAUCAGAGACUCUUUCGGUUUCCUGACGCGCCCAAGUGCGCCCUCACGACGCGCCAAGGUGACCCAGCUUUUCCCUUUAGUAUUACACCGUAUGCUCCAUGGACGUGUCAUUAAGACUCCAUAAAGGCCUCACGGAAAUCGCUUCGCUCGUCGUUUAUCUUGUGAGUCGUGUUUAUGGCCAACGGGCUGUCGGGAGAUCGUGCGGUCACGAGGGCGAGAGAUGAGACAUGAGGGGGUGGUAUCGUACGUGAGAUACGGAAGUCUCACCGGCCGCGUACGCCAGCCCUGAACAUCUGAACACCCCAUUCGCUCUGCCCUUAUUACUCCCAUUUUUUCCUCUAUCCAACAAGCUCGGCCCCCUCCCACAGGCUGAGCGUCGGACGCCUUUAUCCGUUCGACUUAUUUAAGUGCAGAUAGCCUUUUUAACCUAAAUACUUAUAAUGUACAGUCAACAAAUGCAAGACUAAUGUUGUACAGAUACAAGACCAGCACUCCUACGGAAUAUACUGAAGCAAUGAGGAGACAUUAAACCCCCCCCUGUACUAUAAAACGUUUUCUGUAACGAUAUUAAAACUGAUACAAGAAUUAAAAUCCUUGAUCAUUAUGUACAAAUGUGGUCCAGUUUCUCUUUUUAAAUAAACAUUAAAAGCUGGCAAAUUUA